AUGGUUUUAUCGAGCAGCGCCGAAUAUCAAGUCAAAAAUGAUGACAAAUCGCGAAUAGCCGCAAAUCAACGAGAUUAUCGAUGAAAAGUGAGUUUUUUUUGCGAAAAACUUAGUUUUUAUUAAUAAAUCAGAAAUUUCGGAUGCCACUCUUGAAAUUCAACAACAAAAUGUUGAUGAGAUGGCGAUAAAAAGUGAAAUUUGAGAAAAUUUCCACUUUUCAAUUUAAAAGCUCCAUGGAGAAUUUUCUCCAGAAAUUUAUACAUUUUGAUAUUAUUCAAAUAAUUUUAAUGUUUUGGUGCUGCAAUUUGUCUAUGAAAUCUAAAAACUGAAUAUGAUUAACUCACGUUUUCACUAAAAUCAUUCAAUUUUCAGCUAUCGACUGCACAUCAAAAAAUUUUGGAGCAACGACAACAACAAUUUCGGAGGAUAUUCAAAUUUUGUAUUUAUCAUAUUUUUAAUAAAUGAUCAGGCGCAGCCUUCAAGACUGCACCGCUUUGAAAUUUUGUUUGAUUUUUUUUUAUUUCACAGAAAAUUUCCUAAAAAAAAGAUUCUAUGAAUCUCAUGGAAUGUUUAUAACUUCAGCAGAAACUGUUUCGACGGUUUUUCUCAAAAACUACUUUUCUUUCUUCUCAAAAUUGAAAACAGUUUUUGAACACAAAAAAUAAAUUGAUUAAAAUGGUCUCCAAAAAAAAUUUUUGAUCUCAAAAUUUGCGGCGGAGUAUACGGUCAACUUGGCGUCCUAGGCCAUAAAGGUUUCUCUUCCAACUGUCUAAUUUUUUCGCACCGAUAGUAAAUACGUUCCAAGUCCGAUUUCUGAAAUAUCUAAUAAAAAUCUGAAAACUGAAAUUUGUUCGAGCGAAGCGAGUGUAAACCGCAAGCUUCCGCGUAAGCGGCACUAUCUUCCGCUUCACCGGCCACAUGGUUUACUAUGAUAUGGCAAACGUCAUAGCAAUCCGCGUGGCGGCAUACGCGGAAGCUUGCGGUCUACACUCGUUCCGCUCCAGAAAAACCCUUCCAAGUCCAUUUUCUGAAAUAUCUGAUAAAAAUCUGAAAACUGAAAUUUUCAGCACAAAUUAUGGGACAAUUUAGUAACUAUAAACUAGUUCCUGAAUCGUCCCAUAAUUUGUGCUGAAAUUCCAGCAUUUUUCAGAUUUUUAUUGGAAUUUCAGCGGAGAUGCGGAAGCUAUGCCCAAAUUUUGAUCGAGCUACGCAAGUCGCGAGUGUAAACCGGAAGAUUCCGCGUAGGCGGCACUAUCUUCCGCUUCACCGGCCACAUGGUUUACUAUGAUAUGGCAAACGUCAUAGCAAUCCGCGUGGCGGCAUACGCGGAAGCUUGCGGUCUACACUCGCUCCGCUCGAAAAACCCUCUCCAAAUCCUAUUCUGAAAUAUCUGAUAAAAAUCUGAAAACUGAAAUUUUCAGCACAAAUUAUGGGACGAUUCAGUAACUAUAAACUAGUUCCUGAAUCGUCCCUUAAUUUGUGCUGAAAUUCCAGCAUUUUUCAGAUUUUUAUCGGAAUUUCAGCGGAGAUGCGGAAGCUAUGCCCAAAUUUUCCUUAAGCUUGUUUGGUAUCAAAAAAAUCCCCAAUUUUUCUACAGAAAAAAGAGCACGGUUCACCGAAACGUGGAGACAAGAAAAACGGCAAAAACGCGAAAUCUGAGCCAACAGAUGAAGCUGGCGAAUUUCGAAAAUCGAAAAAAGAAUAUUUCAACAAAAAAUAUCGAUUCGGCAAUUUCGAUCGAUAUUAUGGAAUUCGCUUGAAACCGGGAGAAAGUGAUCAAAGAUUGACUGUAAUGAAAAAAGAGUGGUUUGAGAAGAAAUCGAUUUUGGAUAUUGGUAAGUGCUGAAAAUCAGCUGAAAAUUUGAAUUUUUCAGUGAUUUUGAGCCAAAAAUCGUGAUUUUUGACCUAAAAUUAACCUAAAUUUGAAUUUUGCAGGUUGCAAUGUUGGAUUUCUGACUCUGAGUAUUGCCAAAGAUUUUGGACCUCGUCGAAUUUUGGGAAUUGAUUUGGAUGAGCAUUUGAUUGGUGUGGCGCGGAAAAAUAUUCGACAUUAUUGUGAUCAUGAGAUUCCGGUGAGUUUUUUCGACUAAAAAUUUGAAAAAUUCAAAAAAUUUGAUGAAAAAUGACCUAAAAUCGAUAGUUUUUGGCCAAAAAUCAUGAAAUUCGCGAUUUUUCUCUUGGGGGACUAGAAAACCAAUCUGGCAAAACCUAGUCCCCGGCUUCAAAUCGAAAAAUAUGUAAAAAUUGAAUUUUUGCUUGAAAAUUGAAAUUUUGACGCAUUUUCCGCUGGAAAAUCGUAAAUUCACUAUUUUUAGUCGCGGACUAGAAAACCAAUCUUGCAAAACCUAGUCCCCGACUACAAAUUUUAUCAUCAAAAAUCCGAUUUUCUACUAAAAAUCUCGAAAAUGAAUUUUUCAAUCAGAAGAUCAAGGCAACUUUUCAAAAACUCAAAAAUUCUCGAUUUGAAGUCGGGGACUAGGUUUUACAAAAUUGGUUUUCUAGUCCUCGACUCUAAAAAUCACGAAAAACACGUUUACUGGUGUAAAAAAUCAUGAAAAUCUUAUAUUUUCAGCUAAAAAUAUGAAUUUCUCGAUUUAAAGUCGGGGACUAGGUUUUCCCAGGUUGGUUUUCUAGUCCCCGGCUCAAAUAAUCACGAAAAACUCGUUUUUGGGUCAUUUUUCAUCAAAAAUCGCGAAUUUUAGCUCAUUUUUUACGGUUUUUUUGCAGAUGUUGGGCAAAUAUCCAGCCUCAUUUGCCUCACAAUUUGGUGCAAUUACACCAGCUCCAAAACCGGCCGAACCCCGCCCAUUUUCCACCAAAUUUCCCGAUAAUAUUUGGUUCCGAAAAGAGAAUUAUGUGCUGGAAUCGGAUGAGUUGGUCGAAAUUGUCGAACCCGAAUUCGAUGUUAUUAUGGCGUUGAGUAUCACGAAAUGGAUACAUUUGAAUUGGGGAGAUGCGGGAAUGCGACGAUUUUUGAGACGAUGCUAUCGACAUUUGAUGCCUGGUGAGCGUUUUUGAAGGGAAAUUUGAAAAAUUUGCGAAUUUUUGAGCUAAAAAUGAUGAAAAAUGGUGAAUUUUGAGCCGGGGACUAGUUUUCCAAGUGAUUUUUCUAGUCCCUGGCUUGAAAAUCUGCGAUUUGCACUAAUUUUAAGCUAAAAUUCAUCAAUUUUAAGUUGGGGACUAGUUUUCCAGAUGUUUUUCUAGUCCCCGCUUUCAAAACAAGAAAAUUGCACUAUUUUCAGCCGAGGACUAGUUUUCCAAGUGUUUUUUCUACUCCCCGACUUUGAAAAUUCCAAAAAUAUGUAAUUUCGAGCCGGGGACUAGGUUUCCAAUUGGAUUUCUAGUCCCUGGCUUCAAAAUCUCAGAUUUCACUAAUUUUAAGCUAAUAUUCAUAAAUUUUCAAGUUAGGGACUAGUUUUCCAGGUUGAAUUUCUAGUCCCCGACUUUGAAAAUUCCAAAAAUUUGUACUUUUUCUCCUUCGACCGGUCAAAAACAAACAAAACGUAAUUAUUUACUGUUUUUGACUACAGUAAACAAAUAUUUUGGGUAAAUAAAACAAGAACUUGAAUAUUAUUCAAAUUUUAGUGCAAAAAUGCGAAAAUAGUGGAAAAUUUGUGAUUUUUCACCCAAAAAACCCCGAAUUUUCGCUCAUUUUCAACCCAAAAUUAAUUUCAGGUGGCCGUUUGAUCAUCGAACCGCAACCUUUUGAAACCUAUCGAAAACGUGCCAAAAUGAACGAGGAACUCAAGUCGAAUUACGCGAAAAUCGAAUUCAAACCCGACGAUUUUGAGAUGUAUUUGUUGGAAGAAGUUGGAUUUGAGAGUGUUGAGCAUUUGGGAGCACCGUCUGCUAGAAGUAAAGGUAAAAUUCGGAAAAUUUGAUGAAAAAUGAGCUAGAAAUCGAGAUUUUUGAUGAAAAAUGAGCCAAAAACGCGAUUUUUCGAGUGGGGGACUAGAAAAAUAAAUUGGGAAACCUAGUCCCCGACUUCAAAUCGAAAAUUUGUAUUUUCAAGUGAAAAUACAAGAUUUUCAUGAUUUUUCACACCAGAAAACGUGAAAUUCACGAUUUUUGAGUCAUGGACGAGAAAACCAAAUUAGAAAUCCUAGUCCCCGACUUCAAAUCGAAAAAUAAAGAAAAGGUGAAUUUUUGAUUGAAAAAUGGUUUUUUCAUGGUUUUUCACACCAGAAAUCGUGAAUUUCGCGAUUUUUGAGUGGGGGACUGGAAAACCAAAUUGGAAAACCUAGUCCCCGACUUCAAAUCGAAAAUUUGUAUUUUCGGCCGAAAAUAAACCAUUUUCAUGAUUUUUUCCACCAGAAAUCGUGAAUUUCGCGAUUUUUUAAGUCAGGGACGAGAAAUCCAAUUUGGGGAAACCUAGUCCCCGACUUCAAAUCCAAGAUUUGUAUUUUCAGCUCAAAAUACACAAUUUUCGUGGUUUUUUACACCAGAAAACGUGAAUUUCGCGAUUUUUUGAGUCAGGGACGAGAAAACCAACCUUGUAAAUCCUAGUCCCCGACUUCAAACCGAAAAUUUGUAUUUUCAGCCGAAAAUAAACCAUUUUCAUGAUUUUUUCCACCAGAAAUCGUGAAUUUCGCGAUUUUUUGAGUGGGGGGACUAGAAAACCAAAUUGCAAAUCCUAGUCCCCGACUUCAAAUCGAAUAUUUGUAUUUUCAGCCGAAAAUACAAGAUUUUCAUGAGUUUUCCUACCGGAAAACUAGAAAUCAGCUAAUUUUUGAAUAAGGGACUAGAAAUCCAACCUUGCAAAUCCUAGUCCCCGACUUCAAAUCGAAAAAUAAAGAAAAUGUGCAUUUUUGAUUGAAAAAUGGUUUUUUUCAUGGUUUUUCACACCAGAAAACGCGAAUUUCGCGAUUUUUGAGCGGGGGACUAGAAAACCAAAUUGUAAAACCUAGUCCCUGAGUUCAAAUUUCAAAUUUUCCAGGUUUCGAGCGAUACAUUGAUGUCUACGUGAAACCAUUGAAACCGAAAACUGAAUAA